UUACCAAGACUUAACUUCUGUGGACAGGAGAACAUCAACCUAAACUUGAAUUCAUGAAGGCAGCUGCUAAAUGACAGAAGAUAACCCAUAAGACUUACAGAAUCUGUUAUUUGAGUAAUAUGGGGAACACAUACUUUUGGAAAAGACUCAUAGUCCUCUUGGGUCAAAGACAAUGAGUUCACCUGACCUUUGGAACCCUCCAGAAGUCCAAUUUUGCUUUGCUUUUGUUAACAGUUCAUGCCCCAGGAAGGUGAGGUCUGUGCUGAGCGUGUGUGCCAUGUACAUUGCCAUGGCUGGAGCCAUAGUCAUGACCAUGCUGGGCAACAUGGUCGUCAUCAUUUCCAUUGCACACUUCAAGCAGCUCCACUCCCCGACCAACUUCCUCAUCCUCUCCAUGGCCACCACUGACUUUAUGCUGAGCUGUGUGGUCAUGCCCUUCAGUAUGGUCAGGUCCAUCGAGUCCUGCUGGUACUUUGGGGAUCUCUUUUGCAAAGUCCACAGCUGCUGUGACAUCAUGCUCUGCACUACCUCCAUUUUUCAUCUCUGCUUCAUCUCAGUUGAUCGCCACUAUGCUGUGUGUGAUCCUUUGCACUAUGUCACCAAAAUCACUGUCCCUGUCAUUCAGCUCUUUCUACUUAUCAGCUGGUCCGUUCCCAUCUUUUUUGCCUUUGGCCUGGUUUUCUCUGAAUUCAAUAUAAUUGGUGCAGAAGACUUUGUUGCAGCCAUCAACUGCACAGGCUUGUGUGUGUUGAUAUUUAACAAACUCUGGGGCGUGCUGGCCUCCUUCAUAGCUUUCUUCCUCCCUGGGACAAUAAUGGUGGGGAUUUACAUACACAUUUUCACAGUAGCCAGGAAGCACGCCAGGCACAUUGACAAGGGUCCUAGGAUGAUACAGGUUGGGUCACAAAGCAAAAUGAAGGCCUCCUCCAGAAAUGAAAGCAAGGCCAGCCAGACACUAAGCACGGUCAUGGGAGUGUUCGUGCUGUGCUGGCUGCCCUUCUUUGUCUUGACGAUCACUGACCCUUUCAUUAAUUUUACAACCUCUGAAGAUUUGUACAAUAUCUUUCUCUGGCUGGGUUAUUUCAAUUCCACGUUCAAUCCCAUUAUAUAUGGCAUGUUUUACCCUUGGUUUCGCAAGGCACUGAGGAUGAUGGUCUCAGGAGCUAUCUUCCACCCAGAACUUGUUUCCUGCACAGGCUUAAGUUGCUCUUUCUCUCAGUUCUUUUUUGGCAUGAAGUCUCAGAGGCUCUUUUUCUCCAAAGGCAGGAGCCUGGCCUGA